GCCCUUUACUUGCCUGCAGAAUCCAGCCGAGUUUCGACUGUCAAAUCGCUCUUACAAGAUGAGCGACAAUCUGAUGGACAAGGUCAAUGCCUUGGGCGAGCGCCUCAAGAUAAGCGGGGCAGAGGUUAGCCGCAAGAUGUCCACUGGCGUCACCAGCAUGAGUUUCAAGAUGAAGGAGUUUUUCCAAGGCCAGAACAUGGCGGACAAGAUUGUCGACGAAGCCACGACGGAGACCAUGGAUGGCCCGGAUUGGGCUACCAAUCUUGAGAUCUGCGAUAUGGCCAACACCGAGAAGGUCAACAGUGUUGAGCUGAUCCGUGCCAUCAAGAGGCGAAUCAUGUUGAAGAGCCCAAGGGUGCAGUACUUAGCUCUUGUCCUGCUCGAGACCAUUGUCAAGAACUGCGAGAAGGCUUUCUCUGAGAUUGCUGCUGAGAGGGUCCUUGAUGAGAUGGUCAGACUUAUUGAUGAUCCACAGACUAUAGUCAACAACAGAAACAAGGCUCUUAUGCUUAUUGAAGCAUGGGGAGAGUCGGGAGAUGAACUCCGCUACCUUCCGGUGUAUGAAGAAACUUACAAGAGCUUAAGAUCUAGGGGAAUUCGCUUCCCAGGACGUGAUGACGAGAGCCUUGCACCAAUAUUUACUCCUCCCCGUUCAGUACCUGCAGCUGAACCAUAUUCUGAUGCAGCACAGGAUGGGUAUCAAGAAAUUCCAGAGGAAAGUUUUGCUCCGGUUCGUGCUGCCCCUUCUGUGCAAGUCGACGAGGCCUUUGAGGUGGCUCGUAAUAGUCUUGAGCUUCUUUCCACAGUGCUAUCUUCCUCUCCACAAAGUGAGGCUCUAGAGGAUGACCUGACUACCACCCUAGUCCAGCAAUGCCAACAGUGUCAAUACACAAUCCAGAGAAUCGUCGAGACAGCAGGGGAUAACGAGGCUCAGCUCUUCGAGGCACUGAGCAUCCACGAUGAACUCCAAAAGGUUCUUUCCAAGUAUGAAGAGCUCAAGGCGCCUGUAGUCGCGGAGCCUGAGCCAGAACCAGCGAUGAUUCCGGUCACCGUGGAGCCUGAGGAAUCCCCCCGCGCCCCUGCGAGGAAAUCAGCUGGGUCCGGAGAUCGGUCUGGCGGUGAGGACUUGCUUCAGGACCUCGACGACAUGAUCUUUGGUAAGAAAGGCGGCACCUCGUCCCAGCAGGACAGGACUCCCAGGAAGGAGCAGAAGGACGAUUUCAUCGGUCUCUGAUCACUGGGUAUAUGUUUACUCGGCCGGAACUUGUUAUAUAUAUACAGGUGUUGCGUCGUCAGUGUACUUCCAAAUCAUGUUACAGGUUUGUGCUUGCAGAUGUGUGAUGUGCGCAUCUUUCUUCUCCUGUAUCCGGGGGCUUCGGGUUAGUUUAUCUGCGACAUGGGCAGUUGCUUUGCUGUACAGUAGUAGAUGUAAUCAUGCGACAGACUUGAUUUCUAACUUACCCUGGCACAUGGCAUACACCUUUUCUUU